GUUCCUUGAAGAAAAAGUUUAAUUAUGAACCUAAAUAUGUCAAGUCUAUUGAUGAGCUAGGUAGCAAAGACUUCAUUAAUGACAGUGAUUAUGAAGAUAGCGAGAAUUUUAUAAAUGAACAGCAAUUCUCUAAUGUCGAUGAAAAUCCAAUGAGAAGUUGUACAGGAGAUAAAAAUUCUUCAAUGACCUCAGCAAGAGUGAUAAAACCAUUUCAUUUUAAAAGCCAUAUCGAAAUUCAAUCUCCUCUCAUGAAAGAUCUGAAAUCUCCGAAGAAAAAGGAGGAAGAUUCUUUUAAAUGAGUGAAGAAGGAACUUUUUAGAGAUUCAAGUCCAGAAAGCCUAAACUCCCAAGAACUUCUAAAUGAUAUUAAAGAGAAUUGAAGAUCAUUUAAAUAUACAGAACACCAAAAUGAUUUCGAGAUUGAUAAAUCCUUUGAGAUGCCAGAUGAAGAUCUUGACGAAGGGUACACCUACAAUCAAAAUCUAUCUGGCCCAGAGCAUACUCCAGAAAUAUCCAAAUCAAUGGCUGAUCAGAGAAUUCCGAGUAAGAAGAAAUUAACUCAGAAUAUUUCUAAAUAAACCGAUAAAAUCAAGCUAUCGAACUCAUCAUAAUAAAAGUAGUGGAGACAGAAAAUCUAUCUUCAGCUCAAUAUGUUCCAAAAGCCCUAAGAAGGACCUGAACACCUACAAGUCAGUGUCUAGUCUUAGUUAUUCGAAAAAUUUUAAUAAGCGAAUGAGGAAAUAUCAGAGCCAGAAGCAACUUAAAAUGACUCAGAAGCAAGAAGAUAAACAUAAAUAAAGAACUGAAAGAAUGUACCUUCAAGCCAAAGAUAUCCAAAAACAAAUCAGCAGGUGGCCUCACCACUAAACAGAGACAAAGUUCCUCCCGCAGAAGAAACAUUACAGAAUUCUUAAAGGAUCAAUCUAAGUUCGAAGAACAAAAGCUUAAUAGACUGAAGGAUUUUUCCCAGAGAAGAGAAAAGAAGGAAAACAACACUUUCAGACCUAAAAUUGACCGAAAAUCUAAAGGCUUGACUAAAUCCAUCACUGACUCUCUUCACUCAAUCCCUGCAUACAAACGUCUGCACAAAAACGUCAAAACCAGCUUCCGAAACAGCCACAUCCCUCCCUCCAAAAUCUCAAAAUCCCACAAAAAUUCCACUCAUCCCAAGCCUCCCUUCAAAUCCCAAAAAUCCCUCCAUACCACACACAAAAUGCCUUCUUCCUUCCUACAAAAUCCUAAUUCUAAAUCUCAAAAUCUGAAAUCUCUUCCUACUUCUUACGGCAAAGCGAAAUCUAAGCGUAAAAGGAAUUACAUAACUGAGAAUUUCGAUAUUGAAGAACUUUUUAAGAAAGCUGCAGCUGGGGAAUUCAAGAGGGAUGCUAAACAGAUUUAUAGAGAUAAGACGUAUAACUAUUUGUAUAAUGAUGCGGGACAUAGAAAAUCGAGGCAAGAAAAAUAGAAAAAAUGAGUUUUAUGAGAGCAAAAAUCAAUCUAGAAAUUAUACAAUGAAGAAUUCAAAGAGUAAGAAAAUGCUCUCAGGGGGAACACAAGGUGCGAAAGCUGCUAGAUUAUCCAAAGGAAGCCCAAAAUACUGCAUUCCAAAUUCCAGAAUCUACAAAUGAGCUUCUGCUGCUUAUAAUGACAAGUUCAAUGAUCUAUACAAGAAAGCCAGACUUAAGAAACAUAAUCAGAAGAGUAUAGAUAGAGGCUCCUCUCGAGCAAGUGAGGUAGAGAGCAAAGUAGGUAAGCAGAUUGAGUAUCGGAAGGAUUCUAAACAGGAAAGCAUACCUGAAGUGACAAAAGCGGAGAACAGGCGUGGUAGUAAUAAGAUUAGAGAUAUUGGGACGAGGGACGACCAAGAAAGCGAUAAGCACACUCCUGAUUGUAGUGUGAUUAAUCUAGAUAAUGAGCCGAAUAUGCGUAAUAAGCUGAUCGAAACUCCUAAGACGGAGGAACUCGAGGAGGAAAUGAGGGAUCAAGUUCUGGAUUAUCAGAAUAUUAUGCACUAUAACAUACCUUCUUCUCUUUCGAAUGGUAUGAUUCCGGAUUUUACUCCUGGUUGUCCUCAGAAUCAUAGCUUUGGUGGAUCUCCAGAAACCUUUUCCCCUUCGAAUAAAGACGUUGAAUAUGUUGAUAACGAUUAUGACUGAGAAGACAAUCCCCUUCUCUUUGUUGAUGUCAAUCUAGGACCUGACAAAGCAGAGCGAAUUGUAGUUUUUGAAGGAGACACAGCUGAUGACCUUGCCUACAGAUUCUCUCAAAGACAUGAUCUAAAUAACAUCAUGCGUGCAAAACUCACAAGCUUACUAGAAGCCGAAAUUUCUAGCCUAAAUAAUGACUUCUAA